CGGGCGCCGCAGCCGCCGUCAGGGCAUGAGGAUGGCCGUGGGCUCCGUCAAGAUGCAGCCGCCGUGCGAGAGCCCGGCCCUGGCCGCCGCGGCGGCGGUGGCGGCGGCGGACAGCGCCCUUCGCCGCAGCCCCAGCGUCCGCGAGCCGGAGCUCGAGCAGCCGCCGGCGCCGCUGCGGCCGCGGCUGAAGGACCUGCCGGCGCUGCUGCGGAGCGGGCUCACGCUGCGGAGGAAGCGGAGCGCUGCCGGGGGCCGGACUCUAUCGAGAAGAAUCUCCAACCCAUACCUUGAACAUACUUCUUCCCAGAUUUAUGGAGAGAAUUCUUCUUGUGCAGGAAGAGCAUUAAGGAACAUUAUUAUCGUUCAGGCAGCUGACCUGAUAAAGGACAGAGUAAACCUCAAGGGAUUUUACAGGAGAAGCUGUGUUGGGUCAGAACUUGUAGACUGGCUCCUGGAACACUGUCCUUUUGUCCAGUGCAGAUCUAUGGCCAUAGGGGUCUGGCAGAUCCUCCUGGAUAUGAGAAUUAUGUCAUCAGUGGACCAGCAUUUAUACUUUCAAGAUACCUACGUUUUCUAUCAGUUCUCAUCUGACGAAUGUAGCUACUUGUACUGUGAAUUCGAAAGAGAAGAAGAGUGGCAAAACGGCGUCAAACUUCUCCUGCAACUCGUGCCUCUCAUUCCCGCUAGAGCUGGCGUCUGCGAACUGUCUCAUCAGAAAAUCGAAGACUCAGAAGAAAGCAGCGAUGAAAUUCUUGCUCGCCUAACGUCGGCGGUGCAGAGAGAGCUAGCAGCUGUUAUUGCUUUGAAGGCAAAGAAGUCUGCAAUUGAACAAGAUGAAGAAAACAGUGACAAACACGUAACUGUGACAGAUGCUGAAGGGGUUCCAGAUUCUCAGGCGGGGGUGAUGUGCAAGCUUCAGGAGAGAGAUGACAUCGGACGGAUUGAACUGGUCCAGAAGCUGGCGAGAGACAACUGUCAGUUUCUGCAGACAGACAAAAAGGAACAGGAGAAACCUGAACACCAGGAUGAUGAAGUGACAACGGUGAGAGAGGGAGAGCAGAACGUCCUGGUGCUGAAGAAAGUGCUGUGCUGUGGCCCAGCCCCCCCGGGCGGGAGCGCGGACGGCGAUUGGAGAUACGUGGUGGUCUCCGGGACCCCGGAGAAGAUUUUGGAGCACCUCCUGAAUGACUUGCACCUGGAAGAAGUCCAGGACAAAGAAACAGAGACCCUCCUUGAUGACUUCCUGCUCACGUACACUGUCUUCAUGACAACUGACGACCUGUGCCAGGCGCUGCUGAGGCACUAUUCUGCUAAGAAGUAUCAAGGCAAAGAAGAAAACUCAGACAUUCCUUGUCGAAAACGUAAGGUCUUACAUCUUGUUUCCCAGUGGAUUUCUCUGUACAAAGACUGGUUACAUGAAGAUGAACAUUCCAAAAUGUUUUUGAAGACCAUAUACAGGAACGUACUAGAUGAUGUAUAUGAAUAUCCAAUACUUGAAAAAGAAUUGAAAGAAUUUCAAAAGAUACUUGGAAUGCACCGUCGUCACACUGUAGAUGAAUACUCACCACAAAGGAAGAAUAAAGCCCUUUUCCACCAAUUCAGUCUUAAGGAGAACUGGCUCCAGCAUAGAGGAACAGUGACUGAAACAGAGGAGAUUUUGUGCCACGUGUAUAUAACGGAGCACUCCUAUGUCAGUGUGAAGGCCAGAGUUUCCAGUACAGCCCAAGAGAUCCUGAGAGUUGUGGCCGAAAAGAUCCAACAUACAGAAGAGGACCUGGCUCUGGUGGCCGUCACAUUCUCUGGGGAAAAGCAUGAACUUCAGCCUAAUGACUUGGCCAUCUCCAAGUCCCUGGAAGCUUCGGGCCGGAUAUAUGUCUACCGGAAGGACCUGGCUGAUACUUUGAACCCAUUUGCAGAAAAUGAGGAAUCACAGCAAAGGUCGAUGAGGAUUUUGGGAAUGAAUACUUGGGAUCUUGCUCUGGAAUUAAUGAAUUUUGACUGGAGUCUCUUCAAUUCAAUUCACGAGCAAGAGCUGAUCUACUUCACGUUCAGCAGACAAGGAAGUGGGGAGCAUACCGCGAACCUCAGCCUUCUGCUCCAGAGAUGCAACGAAGUCCAGCUCUGGGUGGCCACGGAGAUUCUGCUCUGCAGCCAGCUGGGCAAGCGAGUGCAGUUGGUGAAGAAAUUCAUCAAAAUUGCCGCUCACUGCAAAGCCCAGAGAAACCUGAAUUCUUUCUUUGCUAUCGUGAUGGGUCUCAACACUGCUUCUGUCAGCCGGCUGUCACAGACCUGGGAGAAAAUUCCUGGGAAGUUUAAGAAACUUUUUUCUGAACUUGAAAGUUUAACAGACCCUUCCCUGAAUCACAAAGCCUACAGAGAUGCAUUCAAAAAGAUGAAGCCACCCAAAAUCCCCUUCCUGCCCUUAUUGCUCAAAGAUGUAACAUUUAUUCAUGAAGGAAAUAAAACAUUUUUGGAUAACCUUGUCAAUUUUGAAAAGCUGCAUAUGAUCGCAGACACUGUCCGAACCCUGAGACACUGCAGGACCAACCAGUUCGGAGGUGACAUGUCUCCAAAAGAGCACCAGGAGUUAAAAUCCUACGUUAACCACCUGUAUGUCAUCGACAGCCAACAGGCCCUGUUUGAGCUCUCACACAGGAUCGAGCCGCGGGUGUGAGCCCCACCACCCCACCGCCUCACGCCCCCUGGGACUGCAGCACUUUGAGCUACAGGAAUGUCAAUGCCAAGCACGUCACUUUCCUGCGAGAAAAGAAGUUGCUGAGUUUUAUCAGUAAAUCACCAGACACACACAGGAUAGCCAACGAAAGCGUGCCCAGGAAGUGACGUCAGCCGCCAGAGACAGGGAGAGGGCUCUGCUCACUGCUCACGAAACCAGAGGGCAGAAGAGUCCGGAGCAUUCCUGAAAUGGGGAAGCCUGGUUCCUAAUGCUGACAUUGUUGAUCCCACCCAAUUUUCCAUUUGAGGUGUGCUGGCGUCAAGAAGAGAGAACGUGUCUUAUUACACGGUGAUCAAAUACUUCAGGAAGAUGUGCAUGAAACAGGGAGGGGAGUCACUCGGCCUGGUAGUAGGUUUUUGUUGCUAGGCUGUCAAGUAGCUUGUUUGAACACCUGAAGACAGUGAUGGCGUCUCUAUAUUUCCAGGGAGAAGGCGUGGUCUCUGUCUACACAAACUGUGACAUCACCCAAAGCCACUUGUGUCUAGGGAGUUAGCGAGGACCAGAAGCUGGCAUCCAUGCUCUGAUUCCCAGCAGGGAAGUGUCAAGGCCUGCGUUUCUUUGCAUCUACAAUCGCUUUUGGAUGUCUGCUUGCAGGUGAAAUUCAUUUCUGCGCCACUGAUUUGCAACUAUCGGCAAGUUAGAUUUAGUUGCUUUGCCAAUAAGGAAAAAUAGGAAUCUUUAGGAAAUGGACUCAUUGUUUCAUUUCCAGGGAUUUUCUUUAUGUGUGCAAGCAGGCUGUGAGUGGGAACACACACAUAUUGGGAACAAUAUGAUUUUUAAAAGAACGCAGUGCCUGACACACAGGCAUUUUGGAACUGGUUGUUGAGGUGGCAGAGAGUCACAAAGGUCUGCUUUCUUGUGCCUGAUGACACCCUAGUGUUUUGCAUGCCUCCAGCAGGCUCCUUGCCCACAGCAGCCAAUCCAGGGAGGGUAAGAGCGAUUGAGUGUGUAAAGCACGUGGCACUCCCUGGGGAAGAGCACGGUAUUAAGAUAGCGGUGAUUGCCAUCUUACAGCAAGUGAGAAGAACCCCAAAAUACCCACAUGUCUGAUUUAUGUGGGACACUUACAGGUCCUAUAGUUCACCUCCCAACCAAGACAGGGACCCUUUCUGUAAUUUGUCUUUUUGUUGUUGUGAUUCAGAGUCUUUUAAGUCUUUUUUUUUUUUUAUACCCAUCUUUAUAGGUUAGGGCUCCUCCAGUAAAUAAGACUCUUGCUAGUCUCAAGAACUGGUUAGAGUUCCCUCAACCUUCAAAUGAACAAAAAAAGCUUGUGGGAUACAAUAAGGAAACCCACCCCUGCCAGCUAGAUACUUGUCCUGUUGCUACAACACAAGGACCCAGCUUCGGAUUUCAGGUCCAUUCAUUUUGCCACACAACGUAAACCCUGGUGCACUUCUCACCUCUCACACCUGCCCGUCUCUCAGGUGAGCUCUCAGAACUGCUCCCUUUGGUCAUCAGCACCUCCUUCCUGAGCUGUGUCCGAUGCUCUCUGACACCUUGAUAGCAGUGCUGUUUCCUGGGCUCAGGAACCACACUGAGCUUAGGAGAUCACUGGCAGGAACCACGGAGAGAUUUUUGGUAGGACUUUCAGAGCGAUUCGGUCUGUCCCAGCAUGUAAAAUUCAGUCCUAAAAACUAACAGGAUCUUAGAGAAAGGCACCCUCCGGGCCUGGUCCGCUCACAGAAAUGCUCUAGGAACGGAACGAGACCCACUGGAGAGACCAGCGCCGUCGGAACCAGGGCAGACAGACUUCUCGCACGUCUGCUCGAACGCUGGAGAAGCUUUCCCCGUGCCGGUUACUGAGGGUAGAGUGCGCUUACAGCACACACAUGCUUUUCUCUGUGCUGGGCCAGUCUAAUCAUGUCAGGCCACUUUUGACAUUGUCUUCAUGUUUUAUAACUCAAAUGUUUAUUCACGUAAGAUCUGCAGUGUUGCAUCUACACCUAUUAGAGUUGUUCCAGUGAAGAACUAGUUCAGCGUGGCACCUGCUACUUAGACCUCAAUUCAGAUAUGUACACAGCCCAACAAAUCCACACAUACAUCAGGUUUAAACACGUUUUGAUGGUGUCAGGAGAGGUCCCGCAUGGCAUGGGUGGAAACAGGCUGGGGAGAAAAUGGCGCUUGCCCUCAGUUUCCUCCAGUUGUGGCUCAGGUGGUUCUCAAGGCAGCAAAGGGAAGGGAGUAUCUCGUUUAAUUUAGAUUUGCUUUUCUAUUCCUGUCUUCUGCAUGUCAGAAAUCUUCCAAAUCGUUCUGAAAUUUAAUAACUAUCUCCAGUCGUGCCCCAGACAGCAACUCUCUGAAAUUUCAGAAGCUCUGAGAAGACGUGAAUAUGGAAUUAAAGAAUUCAAGGCAGAAUUGUGGAUGCCACGUUUAGCUCUUUCUAACGGAUCUGCACUGUCCAACUGUGAGUGGGCCGCCAGGAAUUUAGUUCCCCUAACAGGGGGUGCUGUAUUCCUUCUGCAAAUAUUUGCCAAGGCCACUUUGGAAGAGGUUUUGUUCUGGCUAAAAGGAUGGACUGGAGGAUGUCUAGGCUCCCUUCCAAAUCUCUUAGGUUUUUCUGAUCGCGUAAAAUCCACAUUCAUGCAGAAAAUCUGUAACCAGCCACCUUCACCGGUGAGUGGUGCACAGGUCCUUCUAAGUGGGUUCUUUUUGCUACAGCACAACUCUCAGACAGCCCUGUGGUCUGUGGAUUCAUCAGCAUCCCAGCAAAACAGCCCUGCUUAGAAGUGAGCACAGCACAAGCUCCAGUAGGCAAAAUCUCAACCUUUUCGAAUGUGUUUUUUUUUUCCCAUACCCAUUUGCAGAUGCUCCAAAGAUGACCGUGUUUCAGAUUCACUCUUUGUUAUAAUCUGUACGAUUGCCAAAUGGUUGUAGUCAUAAAUGUUAUGGCCUGCAUCCACUUUAUCCUAGUAUCAUUAAUCAUGUUUAGAAUAAAUUCAUUUUCCUAAACCCCGAUCCACAGACAAGUAAGGGGGCGCAUACACUGGCCUCAGAAGCAUGAGGAUAAAGUAAAAACCCACCCCUCCCAGGUGGUAGGGAGAAGAUGUCUCAUUAAGUCAUACCUGCCUCCGAGUGGGAAAAACAAUAGCAUGAAAGAGGGUGCCAGUGACUUCAGAUCCCUAGAGCUGGGUUCACCCUGCUGCCCCAGUCCCAGCCAUCAUGUCCACCACAAAUCCCAAACUCCAUGUUCCUAAAUGGCAUGAUGACUCCAAGCUUCUCAGAAAGUAGGCAAAAAACAUGAAAAUGAAGGGACGAUCAGGUGCACUGCAGUUAUCUGACAUGGAGUUUCUUUUAACGCUUCAAAUAUGUCCUUAAAAUUUCAGCCUGCUUAUUAAUGAGUGGGCCAUUGUGCUUCAAACUAGUAGGGGAACACAGUUUUUAAAAAUUGCCAAAAAGCUAGAUGAAAAUGUACUACUGUAUAAAGCAAAGCUGUAUAUAGUAAAUGUUUUUUUAGCAGAGUACUAUUUAUUUGCAUAGCCUAUUUAUUGUAUUCGUAUUACACUGUUAUUAAAUACCGGGAUGAAAUUGAUGACCUGAAGCAAGGACUCUUGCCUUUUAAUGUAUCAUUAAUUAGGACUGCUGUGACACUGUCAGCUUGCGUUAACAAUUAGAAGAUAGAAAACCCACAAUCAGGGUCUCUACCUAACUUCUCAGGGACUACACUUCGUAGUUUUCCACCAUUAUAAGAGCUGGUAAAUAUGAAACACUGGUUGAAUUACCAGCAUUGCCAUUAACAGUAUUUUCUUUCUCAGAUUUCAUGCUUUCUGCUUCUGUACAUAUGACUGUGCUGUGUAUUUAUCAAAGCUAGUAAGCAAUAAUUUAUAUGUAAAAAUGGCCAAGCAAUAUAAGGUGAAAACUGAUAUGUCACUGUUACCUUAUCUUGUAUUUUCAAGUGUUUUUUUAAAACUGAUUUUCCAAAUAUAAGAUUAUGUUAAAGAUACUA